AUGUCACUUUUCAAGAAAACUUAUGGGUCCAAUAUUAAGUAUCACCAUGCCCGUAAAGGGAAAGAAGCUGUAUUUGAAGAACAAUAUGGGGAUGACGAGAAGUCGUAUAGAGAUUUUACUUGGUAUGUCAAAGCAAUUGAAGAAAGUAAUCCCGAUAGCUAUGUGAAGUUUGAAGUUGAGGAUGGAACCAGUAGAUUUCAUAGGAUAUUCGUUUGUUACGGUGCUUGCAAGCAUAGCUAUAGGUAUCUCAGGCCCAUGAUUUACUUGGACGCUACUUUCCUUACUGGUAGAUACAUGGGUACUUUUAUGGCUGCUACAUGUAUCAACGGAAACAAUGAGUUUUACCCAUUUGCUUUUGCUAUUGUUUCUUUUGAAAACAAAGAUAAUUGGUUUUGGUUUCUGGAGAAUCUUCAACAUGUUGUCGAUGGUCGUCCGAUUGUUUUCCUUAGUGAUCGUCAUGAAGGACUUAUGCAGGGCAUUCCAAAAUAUUUUCCUAAUUCACAUCACAGCUAUUGCUUUUACCACAUCAAAUGCAAUCUCCCCAUUGGAUUAGGUGAUGCGAAUUCGAAGCCCGUUCUUGAUUUAUUUUACAAAGCUGCGUACUCUUACACACCAGCAAACUUUGAAGAAGCUUUGAGGGGAAUGCAUGCAAUUGGAGUUGGACAUGUUGCUAACUAUAUCAGGACUAUUCCAAAGGAGAAAUGGGCAAAUGAGUUUUUCCCUGUAUGCAGAUAUGGUGCUCACUCUUCAACUCUUGCCGAGUCCUUUAACAACUGGGUUCUUCCUUUCAAAAAGUUGCCUGCUUUUGUUCUUCUCGAUGCGAUACGUUUGAAGGUUAUGGAGAAAAUGUCUGAGAGAAGGAUACUAGGUCUGGAAACAUUAAACACUAAGCUCACUCCUGAAUAUGAGGUUUUACUAAAGGAAAACAUCGACAUUGGUCGUACUUGGACUGUUGUUCAGUCCAUGGAAAGAUUGUAUGAAGUCGGGUCUCCCCGGACUCAUUCUGUAGAUCUAUUGCAGAAAACUUGUACAUGUCACAGGUGGCGAGUGAAUGGUUUUCCUUGUGCGCAUGCUUGUGCUGCCAUUCAAGCUAAUAGAGAAGACAUUUAUUCAUUUGUUGAGCCAUACUUCACCACCGAAUGGUACAACGGGACAUACCAGGAGAUCAUCUUUCCAAUCCCCAAUUAUGACAAGCCGUAG